GAAUUUAUAGAUUCUUUUUAGUAGCUUCCAUUCAUAUAAAUAAUCAAUUAAUUCUCAGUAAAGAUUUUAAUAUCCUCUAAUAAAAAUCUAUAAAGUAUUCUUUCUUCUAAAUUGAUCAUUUUCUGUUAAAUUAUUCACGAUAUAAGUAAAUAGUUAUAAGUAGUAGUUUACGAUAUUUAUACGAGACUGGAUUAUGUUUAAUUUCAACUAGGCUUUGUUCGCAAUUCACGAGGCAUGUCUUUUUGAUAAUAUAUUGUUAAGUUCAAUUCAAAUUGUAAAUUUUUAUAUUUAGCUAUAUCUCGCACAAAUGAUCAUCACGUGUAUCUGUUUAUAGUUGCUAAUGUUAUCACAUGUCGGUAAAAAUGGCAACUUAGUCGAAUAUGACAUCAUUGCGAAGAAUGAUUUUUUUCUACAUACAUUACCAUGGACCAUGAAAAUGUCAUAUUUCGUAAUUUUUUCAUCAAAAAUGCCAUUUUAGAAAUGAAAAUCCAAUACAUAUACAUUAUCUUGUUUCAUUCUUUACCACGUCUCGGUGAUAAUUCGAACAGCAAUUUUUCGAGCAGUCCUCUAAUUGUACUCUCAAUUUGCAAGUCAAACAGCCGGAAGAGUACUAUAUUUACAAAGGCAUGAGAAAACAGCUUCGAUGACGUCACUGUUUAAAGGUCUGUCGUACUCUUCUGGCGCUAUUCAGUACUGUUUUAUUUCUGCUUAGGUAGACCGGUAGAAAGAAAGAGAAAGAUAAAUCACGAGAUUCGAGAGGGGAACAGGAGAUAUGCGAACAUCGAAAAGAAAAAUAGAUCGAAAUCCCUUGAUUUUUUCACUCGAUCGUGGCCAAUUAUAAAAUCAUGCAAGGCGAGAAUAUGGUAAAAGACUAUCGUCUCUUGGAAACAGGAAAGGGUCCAGAUGCUAGAAUGGCAUUCAAAAGAUCUCAACGAAUCGAAGCACAAGUCGUGGAAGCUAUCCGCAGAUUACAAGCCAUACAAGGAUCAACUCCCCAGGAAAUUAGUAAUUACAUUGCUCAAGAAUAUAAUAUUCCUGGUUCUGAAAUCAGACCACAUGUCCAACUCGCUCUCAAGAGAGGCGUAACUUAUGGAAUUCUUCAACGUUUAAAGGGAGGAUGUUACACGUACAAUCCAGACUUCCUCAACGGUCAAUGCAUAAGUGGUGGCGAUGCAACGGUCGAGAUUCCUUGUAAAGGAAGAAGAAGAAGAAGAGGACGUUCAAGAAGAAGAGGACGAAGACGUAGAGCUGGAAGAUCUCGUCGUAGAUCUCGUCGUAGAAAAACCUCGCGAAGAAGAAGAUCUUCCUCGAGGCGUAGACGACGUGGAAGGAGGAGAAGAAGGGAAGAAUUUCCGAAGGAAAUCGAUGGGCUGGACUUGACCAAACAACCGACGAAAAGCAGCAGCCUCUUAACGAAAGACAGUCCACAAAGCAACCAUUCGAUCUCUGAAAAUUCUGAAGGAAAGCAAGAAUAACCCUCCAACAAGAUAUCCAUUCUCUCCAUUUUACGAUCGAUUCAAGGUGCAAAGAUUGACUCAAGAAGAAGAAUAUAGAUUAUAAUGAAAAUAUUUUGAAUUCAUCGACGAAGAAGACGAAUUAAAUAGAAAUUCUAAGAAGAUGAAAUAUCGAUCAUGCAUACAAAUUUUAAUAUAUAUUUUAUUUUAUAAUUUUUUUUCUUCUUAGUCUUCUCAUACAUACAAAUUGAAAAUUGAUUUUUAAUUCAAUGUAUCUUUUAAACAAUAAUAGGAUAUAAAUUUUUAAAAAUUUUAAGAUAUAUAGAAUCAAAUAUUUAAGUAUAAAUGAGAUUAAAAAAUUUUCAUUCUAAAAAUUAUCGUGUAUCAAAUUGGAAAUAUAUUUUCAUACAAUUUUUAUACAAGAAACAUUAUACUUUGAAAAAUAAAAAAAUUCAAUAACUA